CAUUUAUCGACCUUUUUUUCUCGUGCCCAAGGCGUCAUCGUUUUCUCUGUCACCUGUAUUUGUUAUCUCCAUUUCUCUCCACUCCUCUUUCUUCUUUAUUUAUUUAAUUUUUUUCUUCUCUUUUAAUUUGAAAUCCUCUCUGUUAGAGGAGCCACAUACAAUUUUGUACAGCUCUUUCAGGUGUGUUAUUUAUAUAUUUAAAAGAUCUUGAAGUUAAAAAAAUAAUAACAAAAAUGAAUCACUGUACUAUUCAGAAGAACGCUUUUGCUGCCUGUGAAGAGAUGAAGGGCAAGAAAGAGGCGGUGGUUUGCCCCAAGCCCCGUCGUGUCUGCCUGAUCCAAGCUGCCACCGCCUUUUGUGACCCUUCUUCUGCCAGAUCCCUGAGAUAUCAUUCCAACCAUCAACUGGAGUCUUGUGAUGCAAAAGCUGGAAAUGAACUGCUGGAUAUCAUCUUUGCAAAGGGUGGUUUUGGUGCUGAUCAAUCUGUUGCACAGGUAGCCUCGUCGCCCCCAUUUUUUUCUGGGUCACCGCCGAGCAGAGUAUCUAACCCACUAAUUCAAGAUGCUCGAUUUGGGGAUCAGAAGGUCACUCCGGUUUCACCCCGAGCAAUCCCAAACCCAUCUGGGCUGGCACCGUCCCCAUCCUCCACCCGUAAAGGGGGUUGUGUUCGGGCUAAUUUUGGUAACAGUCCAGCUGUGAGGAUCGAGGGUUUUGACUGCCUCGACAGGGAUAGGCGCAACUGCAGCAUCCCUGCCCUGGCUUAGAGAAAUCCCUCGGAAACUAGUACAUACAAAGGACUGCUGAAGUUGAGAAAGAUGGCCGAGGAUUCAAUUCUUUUAGCAGAUGAGUUUUGAACAUUUUGAUCAACUGAGCGGGUAAUAGGGAUCAUUGAUCAUUUUGUCUAGUGUAAAUAUAUUCCAUAGUGUCUGUAAGCGAAGCAAUGUGUCUAUGUAAUUAUAUGAGUUAUGAAAGUUAUUGACCAAAAUAAUUUAGAGUGUGAAGCUAACCCUCUUUGUAACGGUGUAAGUAAGAGAUGAAAUGAGGGGAUGCUUCUGGUAUUUUGCUUUUGUGCUGAGGUUAGUUUGAAAUUUCAUCAGGCUGUUUUCUGAGGAGAAUUUGUAAAGAAGUUAUGGUUGGUUGGGUAUAUUAUCAUCUUUUGUAGUCAAAUAUCCGUGUAAAUAUUAAAUGUCGGUACAACUUUCUACUGUGUA